AUUUUACAUUCACAGCCAGCAAGUCAACCAUCGAUGGUUCGUUCAUCAAGUUUAACCAAACCUUAUCCUAUCAUGAGCAGCACGCUACGUCAAGACAAAAGUUUCUUAGCAAUAGAAUCUGGUAACCAAUUUAUUGAUGUGUCCAACCAGAAACUAACAUUACAGGAGAAAAAAAUCCGACAACAGCCACCAAUAGAAGUUGUUGGAAGUCAGGUACUUGGUAGCCAACUGGAAAAAGAAUUGUCCUCAAGCGACUCUGUUUGUAUUGUGAACAGAAAAAAAAGUUUUGGCAGUAAAUCAAGCUUAGUAGAAGUUAUUCCCGAGACUCAGAACGAAUCUUAUCAUGAUAAACACAACCAAUCAACAUCACAUGUGGAGUUAGGUCUUGCCUUCAUGCAUGAUCAGAAUCAGCUAAACAUAUCGGCAGCAGACAAAAGAAUUGUAAAAAGAACAUCAGAAGAAGAAAAAGCAAUUGUGGAAAAUGUAGGGGCUGUAGAAAUUGUUGCAGAAUAUGAAAAAGAGAAGAAUGCGACUAGACAGAGUUCUGCUGAGAAAUCACGAAAACCUCGGAUGACACCUGACGCACAUUCCUCAAGCGAAAGAGAGGUAGCAAAAAAUAAACCAGCAGAAGGCAAGCGUAAGCGAAAAAAGAAAGUAGCAAAAGUUAUUGAUUCACAUCCAAAAAUUCAUACACGAUCACAUACAGCGGGCAAAGAAACUCCCCUAUCUAAGAAGAAUACUACAUCGGAUAUAGUCAAUUCUAUGGGAAAAGAAUUAGAAGUUAGUCUAGUUUUACAGAGUUUAUUUUACAUCAAAUUUACAGUAGUAUGCUCACAGUUUAAAGCACCUACUAAUGAAUCAAUGAAUGCAGCUUACUUUGUUCUUUUGUGA